UUCAAGUUCAGCGUUCCAUUUCUGUGAUUCUAUUUUCGAUUUCUGCUGAACAAGUUGCAGCUGCGGAGCUGAACAACAUUCACCGGAUGGGGGAUCGUGCUUUUUGUUGAAUUCAAUUUAUAGUAAAUUUUGUGAUUUGUUGGUGACAUUGAACAAUAUAAUUUUGACACUUUAUUGUAAUGUAAUGUUGAAUAUAAACAUUUCAUUGUUGGAUCCAUCUAUCUGAAAUGGACUCGAACCGCUCAUCAGAUGCAUCUUCUUCAAUUGCAGAAUUUCUAGAAAAGGAGAAAAUAUGCCAGGAUUCGCACAAACAAACUGAAAUUGCUGGCACAAAUUCUCACAUAGAUUGUGUAGUAUCGGCACAUGAUAAUAAAAACUGCUCCAUUUCAUCAGCAGAUGAAGAAAUCGGAAGCCUGUUAUGUCAAAUGAAGGAAUUGUUAUCGCCUGUUGACUUGGACUAUUUGGACGCUCAUGAAGGUCGAUCUGUUGAAGAUUUAUUGAAAGAAGCCAGAGAACUCAUGCGAACUUCGCCAUUAUACAAUCAUCUUGAAAAAAACUCAAUCUGCAUUGAUGCUCUAGACAACCAUAAGUUGAUUGAUUCUCCUACUUCUCCGGCCAAAGAAGAAUAUGUUUCUCAAACGCAAAACUUGAAAGAUGUUGACUGUGAUAGUGGAAAAAUAGACAAGUUGAUGAAAGAAAUGGAAGUCUUGGCUAAUUCAUCUUCAAAAAUAUUAGAAACCUUAAAUAACCAGGCAAUAGUAGUUGAUGAAAAAGAAGCAAAACCAAGUAUCUGUUUUCCCUCUUCUUCCCUACGUCCAUCCCCAAAACCUGUUGCCGAGCCAACCUCAAUUGAAUCAGUGAAUUCCACAAAUCAUCCUCAACCAUUAAAUGAAGCGAAUCAAAUGGAUGGACAUUCAAGUAGUUCAACGCCGACAAGUGAACUGAGUGAUUUCGAAGAUAGGUCAGACUCACACAACGUUAUUGCAAACGAAAAUGAACGACUAGGGAAUUUUAAUGACGAGAAAUCCAUACCUAUUCAAGAUAGCAAUGUACAAGAAAGUGAAUCAAAGGUUGAUGUUCCUUCAAAAAAACUUUUAAAAAUCAAUACUGAGGCCCUGUCUUUGUCAGACCUGGAAGUUCCUGAGAAAGUAGAUUCAAAUCAUUCUUCAAGAUUAUCUCCUCCUAAAAAUUUGAGUCUGAACAUGAGAAACGGAAAUGACAAUGUAGUAACAGACUCAAAUGUACAAGGAGUUGCUGGUGGCACUAGUAGAAUAAGUGAGUUGGACAUGGAGAGAAUGCAGGAAGCCUAUACAGAAGAGAUAAAAAGACUGAAUUUAACAAUCGAGCUUCUUCAAUUGAAGCUUGCUAAAUACGAAGCCGAAAACAUGCCUGAUUGUGCAGGUGAUAGGGAGGCAGUUGCAAAGGAUUCGGACGGCGCGGACCGCCUGAAAGCUGAGAUACACACUCAGGAGCGACUCAUUGCCGGAUAUCAGAAGGAAAACCAGAGACUCUUCCAACAAAUAACAGCCGCUAAGGAUAUUUCUCUGUCUUCUUUGUGACAGUUCUCUUCCUAG